AUGGCUUUCAACGUACUAGUUGCGUCUUUGACGUUGAUGGGGAGUAGUCUUUCGUUCCUGACGACGUUUGGCGCAUUGAUCUCCAUCGGUCUCCACCGCACCCGGCGCCGGUCUUUGCGCCACAUCCUCAUUCUCAACCUCAUGGUGGCCGAAUUCAUUAACUCGGGCAACAACACCGUCUCGGGGAUCAUAUACAUCCGAGACAGAGGGUUACGACGCGGAACAGCAUGUGUCCUGAACAGCGUGAUUGGUCAACUGUCGGUGCAAGCGUCUGAUUUUUCCAUCCUCGCCAUCGCUAUUGCCACACUUCUGGUAGUGAAACAAAAAACGUCCAUGGCGGAGGGGACGUUCCUCGAGAGGGUCUCCAUCUGCUUCUGCGUGUGGAUCGUCCCUAUUGCGACCAGCGUCGCGGCGGCUGCCAUCGGCGUCGUGGGGCCCGUCAGCGGGAACUGGUGCUGGAUAACGUGGGACCGACCAGAUCUCCGAUUUGCCCUCACCUACGUUUGGCGUCUGUGGAUCAUGUUUGCCACCGUUUCCAUCUACGCUUAUGUCUGGUGGUACCUCGGCCAGCGCCUUCGGCCCGCUGCAAUGGCGCCGGCUUCCUUAGGCUGGACCAGAAGCUUGACGACCACUGCUGCUCCGUUGACAGCACGCCAGACGACCGUGAGUCGAUUGGACGUGGAUUGGCCACGGCCGCAAGUCGCGGCUAUGGGUGGGGGACACCCUCCACGGACCGCAGAACCGCUGGGAUACGACCUUCCCCCGCUGGCGACGGACGCCACAGCGUUGCCUGUUACGAGGUGUUUGACAUCAGACAGCAGUACCAGAAGCAUGCUAUCGCCGUGUAACUCUCAACCGUGGGGAGAUGAUUACCUGGCGGACUCCCGACCGAGCUCUAGCCGAGACGUCGGCGCGAGUGAUAAGUAA